CUCUCAACUCUCUCAAACACUGCCUGGUUGCUAACUGCUGAAAGUCCAUACUGGAGAGCUUCUGAACAAAAAACCUAAAUACUUCAAAAACUAUAAAAAAUGAAAACCUAUUGCAUAACAUCUUAGAAUGUGAAUGCCUACAUCAUACCAAAAGUUAAGUAAAAGAGUAAAUGGACACAGAUGGUGAAGUCCUAAAUAAACCUUAAAAAAAUAAACCCAAAGAAAUUCAAAAGAAAAUAGCAUAUGAUGAAUAAAAGAUAUCUGCAGAAAGCAAUUAAAGGAAAAUUACUUAUAAUUAUAUUUAUUGUAACUCUGUGGGCGAAGUUGGCAUUUGGUGUAAUUCAUAACAAAGCUCAGCAUGUUAGAACUGGAACUUGUGAAGUUGUGACCCUACACAGAUGUUGCAAUAAAAAUAAGAUAGAAGAAAGGUCCCAAACAGUGAAGUGCUCAUGUUUUCCAGGACAAGUGGCAGGGACAACGAGAGCAACUCCUUCUUGUGUGGAUGCAUCAAUUGUUGAGCAGAAAUGGUGGUGCCAUAUGCAGCCGUGUCUUGAAGGUGAAGAAUGCAAAGUUCUACCAGAUCAGAAAGGCUGGAGUUGUGCCUCAGGGAGUAAAGUCAAAACAACAAAGGUAACACGGUAACUAUUGACAAGUGAGAAGUAAAACCUUGGACUGAGAUUGGACAGCAAUGAAAGAUAUUUAAAAAAACAACAUUCUGGAAUGCUUGAAUUCAAUUUCAAAAUACGGAUUUUUUUCAGAAAGGCUUCUCAAAAGAUCAUGUUGUAAUACAACAACGAAAGCACAAUUACCACCAAAUAAUUUCCCAUGUUGAAUUCUGCGCACCUAGGACUGUACUGGUCUUCUGAGCAAAAUGAGCAGUGGAAAUGCUUAUAAUUCAAAGAAAGCAAAGUUGAAAUAGAAGAUGCCUUCAUUUGGAUUCUUUUUUUCUUCAGUACUAAUGCAGCUGCCUAUACAUCAACUGUAUGAUUCUGUAGAAGAUUUCCUCCAGCAUGACUGAGUAAAACCAAUUUGUUUGUUGCUUAACUGAGUUAUGUAGGACUUUGUGUUCAUUAUCAGUAUAAAUAUAUCUAGGUAUAAUGACAUUCAUUUGCAGCAGGGAAUCAGUUCUUCUGUGAGCUGGGGGACUGUGAUCUGAAUACACAAUUUGUAUUUCUUUUGUAUCAAAUUAUCCAAUUAUAUCGAAAGGUUUCAUUUUUUAAAAUCUAUUUUAGAUGCAAUUUCUUCACUUAUGUUAUGUGCUCCAACCUUAAAGCCUUUUACAAGAUUGAAAAUCAUUGGUUUAGGAUAUAGGUUGGUUUCCUGCAGCCAUUUAAAACAGGAAAGAAUGGAUUGUGGUUUUACAAAAUGUUUUUAAUGCUUUUUGUUUCAACGUAAGAGCAUUCCAAAUGCUUAAUGACAGCAUAAAAUGUCUGUUUAAAGUAAAAGGAGUUUCCAAAUCAGAAGCUCAGACUUCAAUCAACAAUAUUAUAUUGACAAAUAUGUUAUCCAAUAUAUCUAUGCUUUAUGCUUUAGCUGAUCUAUUCUGGCUGUACUGCAGUAUAACUAGAUGUUUCAACUUUUUAGAACAUAAUGCUAUCAGUUGCUUAAAAAUGCAGGUAGAGUUACAUCAUGCAGCUGGAUCAUUAACCUUGACCUAUGUGAUGGAUUUUAUAAUGCUUUGUACUUGUCAGUGGUGAGUACAUUUACUGUGUCACUAAGCAAAGAAUGUGCAUCCUUAUGUGACCCUCAUGGCCAUGCUAACUUCAAGCAAAUGGAACUACGAUGAUUACAAAUCAAAUGUUGUAUUUAAGAACCGCAACAGAAUAAUAUAAUGAACAUUAACACAUAUAUGUAGAUAUCUGUGUUUAGAACUAAACCCCAAAAAUGAUAUAUAUUGAAAUGAUUGAACCAGCCUAAAGAUUCAGCAUCUCUAUAGUAUUUAUGAUGUAGGCCUUCAACAUUGUUACAGGAGUUUCCUAUUUUGGAUUUUGUUAGGGGUGUCUUUGACACGCACAUGCUCAGUGGCCUUUGAGCACCUGCUGAGAAGCUAAGC